CCCCUCAAUGUUCAAUCAUGCCCCAGUCCACAACUCCCGUUUCCUACUCCUAGAUGAAAAUGCCUCUCCCAAUUUACGCCGAUCGCCGGUAUUGGUCCUGGAAUGGAGCUUUAUCCACGAUAGUAUAAAUUGCUGCAUGCAUUGUCGGGACAUUUUCGGCCCUAUGCGUGAAAGUUAACUUCUGCAUAGUCAUUCGUCAAUGGACUUUGCCACUCACGCUUUUUCUAGCCGCGCCAUUCUAUUUUUGUUAGAACACUUUCUACUCUGUGGUCAGGGGCAAGUUUUACCUAGCGUCCCACUCAGAGGAAUUCUUCUCCCAACGUUCUCGGUCUUUUUUUUGGUCCUCGUCCAUCUUUUUCAAGAAGCUGGAAAGGUUUGGAGUAACCGCCAUGGUGUUAGAUCGACCGG